AUGGCCCUUCCCUAUGUGCAAGCGAGGACCGCCCUCUACUCGGCCCUGCGCCCGCUGAGAGCUCCCCGGCUGGCCCCGUCCCUCCGCCGACCACACCACCGGCAGCAGCAGCGCCGCCCCGCGUCCACCUCGUCCUCGUCCUCUUCGUCCCAGGGCAGCACCGACUCCCUCCUCCUCGCGCGCGCAAAGACGGUCCUCUUCGGCACCGCCGCCGCCGCCUCCCUCUACGUGGCCUGGCUCUACGCCACCGACACGCGCGCCUCCUUCCACCGCUUCCUCGUGCCCCGGCUGCUGCGCCUCGCCUUCCCCGACGCCGAGGACGCCCACCACGCCGGCACGAGGUCCCUCAAGACCCUCUACGCCCUGAACCUGCACCCGCGCGAGCGCAAGGCCGACCCCCGCGAGCUGGCCGUCUCCGUCUACGGCGCCCGCCUGGCCAACCCCGUCGGCAUCUCGGCCGGGCUCGACAAGGACGCCGACAUCCCCGACGUGCUCUUCGACCUCGGCGCCGGCGUCGUCGAGGUCGGCGGCUGCACGCCCCGCCCGCAGGCCGGCAACCCGCGCCCGCGCGUCUUCCGCGUGCCCUCGGUCGACGGCAUGGUCAACCGCUACGGCCUCAACAGCCGCGGCGCCGACGCCAUGGCCGCCCGGCUGCGCCACCGGCUGCGCACCUACGCCCGCUCCGCCGGCUUCACCGAGCAGGAGGUCCUCGACGGCGCCGCGGGCGUGCACCCGGGCUCCCUGCGCGCCGACCGCCUGCUCUGCGUCCAGGUCGCCAAGAACAAGGACACGGACGGGCGCGACGUCGCCGCCGUCGCCGCCGACUACGCCUACUGCGUGCGCCGCCUGGCGCCCUACGCCGACGUCCUCGUCGUCAACGUCAGCAGCCCCAACACGCCCGGCCUGCGCGACCUGCAGGCCGCCGAGCCGCUGGCGCGCAUCCUCGAGGCCGUCGUCGGCGAGGCCGCGCGCUCCUCGGCCCGCGCCGUCCGCCCCCGCGUCAUGGUCAAGGUCUCGCCCGACGAGGACGAGGACGCGCAGAUGGAGGGCAUCUGCCAGGCCGUGUGGCGCAGCGGCGUCGACGGCGUCAUCGUCGGCAACACGACCAACCGCCGCGCGGGGCUCGUGCCCGAGGGCGUGAGGCUGAGCGCCCGCGAGCAAAAGGCGCUGGCCGAGACGGGCGGCUUCUCGGGCCCGGCCAUGUUCGAGCGCACGCUCGACCUGGUCGGCCGGUACCGCAAGAUGCUCGACGGGCAGUCGCUGGCCGGCGAGGAGCAGCAGAAGGUCAUCUUUGCGACGGGCGGCAUCACCAACGGCGAGCAGGCGCUCAAGAUCCUGAACGCGGGCGCGAGCGUGGCCAUGGUGUACACGGGCAUGACGUACGGUGGCGCGGGCACGGUCACCAGGAUAAAGGGCGAGAUGAGGCAGCAGCUGGCGUCAUAG